AGUGGGACAAAUCCAGAAACAGGUGGUGAACAUUCUCAAACUCGGACACAACUCAUCUCUGGGUUAUAAGCUGCUCAUAGAUGAGGAGUAUGUUCACAUUUACCCUACAGACUCACACACGGCUCCCUAUUCAACACCAGAGACAAGUAUCACAGUUCCAGCCACGCCCACCACCACACCUGCUACAGAGACUCCACCCACUCAGGCCACAGACACUUUUUUUAAAGUAAGCGUAAACGUGACCAUCACAGGAUCACAGCAGGAUCCAGAAAACACCCUUCAGUCCUGGCUCCAUGAAACUCUCUCUCCUGAAGGAAUGUUGGUGCUGAACUUCAGGUUGACAUCUCCACGCUCAGGGGGUCGAAGCCUGGAUGAGAGCAGCAGCAUGGGAGAGGAUUUUUCUUCAGGUUCUCCAACACAGAGUUGUGAUUUUCAGAUGUUGGUGAGGUUGUGUGUGAACGUUGAAAAAACACAGGAACGAAUCCAUUCAUUGCUGUCGAAGUCGUAUAAUAACAGCACUGUGAGACUGGACGCUGCUCCAGAACACAUCCACAUCACACACAUACACCCUGGUCGAUGUCCUCGACACCCUCAGCAGACGCGUCGGGGUUUGUAUAUAUGGCAAAGAACUCAGGCUCAAAACACAGAGAAACUGCAGUGUGAAGGACACCAGGAACUCUUAGCAACACGCCAGUGUUCGCUGAGUGCAUUGACUAACCGUGCAGUGUGGAAGGCUCCAGACCUGCAGGACUGUCCUACUGUGGUGAACACACUCUCGGACCUCGAGCACAUCACAGUCACUAACGACACGGCGGUGGACGUUCUGGAGAUAAUCAAAGACAUAAUGAAGGAGAGCGAUACACUGGAUGAACGAGACCUGUGGCUGGUGCUGAACACUCUGGAGGCCGUGCUGAAUAUCAGCAUCAUGAACUUUGACCUUGCGCAGAUCAUCAUUAACAUCACAUCAGACAUCCUGUACUCUAAGAGUGACCUUCAUCCCUUUACUAACUAUAUUCUAAACAUUACAGAGGCAGUGGGAAACAGAAUGUCUGAGCUGAAUAACAGUUCCGUCAGCAUGGUAGCUUCAGGGUUAGCUCUGUCUGUGGUCCAAUUUGAUACAGAGAGUUUCUACAAUCUCACAUUUGGAGUCACAGCGAUAACCAACAACCCACAUCCAGCGGUAUACAUUAAUCAGGACCCAGCUGAGGGCACUGUGGCCUUCAUCUCUCUUCCGCCAUCUCUUCAUACCAGUUUCCCCCCAAACUCCAGUCCACAAGUUCAGUUCCAGUUCUACGGCGUUCCUGAACUCUUUCAGAGUUCUGAGGAAGGGAAGGUGUUAAAUACGUAUGUUGUAGCUGCCAGUGUGAUUAACUCGGAGCAGUCCAUCAGAGACAUGAAGGUUCCCGUGGUGGUCAUGAUGCACCACCUCAACACCAACACUCACCACAGAGACGUUCAGUGUGUGUACUGGAACUUCAAUGAGAAUGGUGGUCUUGGUGGUUGGAGCCCCAGUGGAUGCUGGACACACAACACAACUCCUGAAUACACAACCUGUAUGUGUGAUCACCUCACACAUUUCGGUGUGCUGCUGGAUGUAUCGAGGACUCCCAUUGAUGAGAAAAAUGAGAAAGUUCUCACCCUUAUCACGUACACAGGGUGUGGAGUGUCAUCUUUCUUCCUUGGUGUGACCGUGCUGACCUACUCACUGCUGGAGAAGUUGAGGUGUGAUUACCCAUCUCAAAUUCUGCUGAACCUCUCCUUCGCUCUGCUCGGCCUCAACCUUGUGUUUCUCGUUAACUCCUGGCUCUCCUCGUUUGGACUGACUGCCCUCUGCGUUGCUGUGGCAACCAUUCAGCACUACUUCCUGUUGGCCUCUUUCAUCUGGAUGCUGCUGGAGGCGGUGAAUAUGUACUUCGCCAUCAUUAAAGUCUUCAACUCCUACGUGCCGUCCUACAUCCUCAAAUUCUGCUGCAUCGGAUGGGGUGUUCCUCUGCUGGUCUGCUGUAUGGUGUUGGUGGUAAAACCCGACUCGUACGGACUCCUGCCACUCGCUAACUCAGAGAUGUUCUGCUGGGUGUCAGAGGACGUGGUGUUCUAUGUGUGUGUGGUGGGCGUGGUGGGUGUGGUUCUGCUGGUGAACAUUUCCGUGUUCCUCAUGGUUCUACUGCAGAUGAGAAGGGCAUGUUUAAGUGAGCACAGUGGUGUGAUGAAAGAACUGCGAGGCAUCACGAGUCUCACUCUGCUGCUCGGACUCACCUGGAGUGCCGCCUUCCUCACCUGGGGAGAUGCCCGAAUCCCUCUGCUUUACAUGUUCUCCAUCCUCAACAGCCUGCAAGGAUUCUUUAUUUUUGUGUUCCAAUGCCUGAUGAAGGAGAAUGUGCGUAAACAGUGGAGAGUGCACCUGUGCUUCGGACGCUUCACGCUGCAGGAGUACUCAGAAUGGAGUCACACUCCUCCCAUGAUUAACAAACCCAAACACACUCCGAUGCUGACCUUCCCCACUGCAGCUUCAGUCAGAUCCAAUAAAUCCAACUCGACUCAGAGCUCCUCAGCUUCCUCACAAUGCACUGAGCAACAUUUCUCUGGGAAGAGACCCGACCUAGGCGUGGUGUAUCAGCAGAGCUUUAUCCUGCCUCGAGCACAGCGAGUACACACUCCAGUCGCUGAGAAUGCAGGCUUUAACACACACUCCCUCACCUGGAUCCCACCUGAGGCUCCUGAACAUGACCUUUACUUCAAAUGACUCUCUGCGUCUCGUUACUGUGUUUCUGAGAUUAUUGUAGUGAAACUCAGCAGUGUGUACAUUCUGAUGAUUUCUGAUAACAUCAUUGUGUCUUUAAUGAUGUGCUGUGUGGAGAAAGAAAGUGAAAUGGAAUCCAGUGUAAAAUAAAAUUCUUGUCUUUCCUUUUCCGGCAAUAAAACUCGCCUUUAUUUA